AUGGGAGGUCAUCUCUUCUUCCUUCUCUUCGUCUAUCUCGCUGCACAAGACUUCUUCGUAUGCGUAAAGUCGACACCAGAUACCCCAGCGAACUGCACCUCUCCAGCUAUCAGGGUAGAAUGGAACACGUUCACUGAUGAGGAAAAAGCCGCAUACUUUGACGCCGAGUUGUGCCUCUUCAAGGCGCCUGCUCAAACAAGCAUACCUGGCGUCACUUCCCGUUACGAAGACCUGGUCGGUGUUCACUCCGAGCAGAGCGACAUCUAUGCGGAUAAUGAUACUUGGCAUCUGACUGGACAAUUCCUCGCCGUCCACCGUUACUACCUAUAUACCCACGAGACGCUGCUCCGGAAGGAAUGUGGAUACACCGGACUGAUCCCAUACUGGAAUGAAGUCCCGGACGCGGGAUCGUUCGCAAACGCGAGCACCAUCCUCGAUUUUGGCGGUGAAGGCGACACAGAGUCGGAUUAUGCUGUCACGAGCGGUCCUUUUGCCAAUCUGACUGCUCACCUUGGACCUGGGGCUGAGAAUGCUAACCAUCUCGUGACUCGCCGGCUAGAUGCGGAGAGUUCGUUGUAUGCUGGACAGUCAUAUGUGGACGCUGUGAACAACGAGACUGCUUUCGCUGACUUCCAAAAGAAUCUGUUUAAUACAUUGCAUGACGCUGGUCAUGCUGGCGUUGGAGGCGACAUGCUCAACAUCAUGACGUCGCCGAAUGAUCCGAUUUUCUGGCUGCAUCAUGCUUAUCUAGACUACGUUUGGUGGAAAUGGCAAGGGGACGACGAAUCGAGGAUUCAUGAUCUCACAGAUGUGGGAUAUGAAACGCAAGGUGAACCCUCCACUGGCUAUGUGGAAACUAAUGAGGGCACGGUUUUAUACGUAUACGAUAUCAUACCAAGUAUAACGGUUGGGGAUGUCUUGUAUACGAAAGGCGGAUACUUGUGUUAUAUCUAUGUGACACAAGCGGCUGAAAUGACAUGGAAGAAUUUCAGCCCGAGUCGGGGCGAGUGA